AUGUCACCCGGAUCUUCUUCCCUGCUGUUCUCCGAGCGGCCCAUUCGACCUCUCCCGAAACGUCGACUACGCGAGCGACUAUCGCCAGAUGUUGCCGAUAGCAUCCAGUACCCGCCAGCACCUCAGACAACAGCCCCUCUAUUUGCUUACCCGUAUAACUCAAAGGAGGAUUUAGCCCCGCUGGGUGCUGAUCAUCCAAAUGUUGCUCACCGAGAGAAUGUUGCUGAGCUAGGCCAGGAAACUAGCCUCCGUCGAGCUGGCCUAGGGACGGACCAGGAUGACCAAUCUCUAACCGGGCCAUCCCGCAGGUCUUUCCUCUCACGGUCGCUUCACGAUUCACCGGGGCACGCGGCUCGUAUUCCCUCGCGGCAAACCCAAGCUCGACAUCCAAACCCUCAGCCACCAUCCUCGAUCGCAUCUUCGGCAGACGGGUACGAUUCUUUCGAAAACAGCAACAACAAAAAGAAGAGAAAGAUUCCGACGGCUGGUGAAACGACGAUGAAUGGCCCGCACGUGCUGAAUGAUCUAGGCGCGCUAGGAGUGCCGUCACCACCAACCACUGGCGAUGAGGGGUCCAUAGAUACCUCGGGGGUAACCUCGACGCCUUAUUAUCAGGCCGGUAGCUCUGCCUCUAAUGGACAGGGGAUCUCGGGACCGGGUCGAGGCCGGUAUGGGCGUGUUCGCAACGGUAGGAGCCCUUUGAGAGCACUCUCAGACCCGAAUAGCAACUGGGGAAACCGCACUCCCAAUAAACUGAGGUCAACUGGUGCUCAGUAUCCAUCCCCGCCCGCUGAGAAUUCGGGAAUCAUAUCGAGUGCGAUUGCUAGUGCCGAGAAGCUUCCACUGCCUCAGGGCCAAGAAAACAUCAGUCUUCUACAUCAGGAAGCAUCGCUAAGACAAAGCCCAACAUCGUCCACACAAUUCACCUUCACAUUCGAUCCACAGAAUCCUGUCUCGUGGCCGGGGUCUGAUCCGGCGCCUCCCAAUAUGGGACAGAUGAAUCAAAAGCAACAUUCUCCCUUACCGGCAGACUACCGCGACCAGUACAACAGCGUCGGUGCCAGAGCCGCUCAGAGCCAAAGCGGACCACCACCAUCAAGCAGGUCGGGGGGUGCACAGCAGGCCUCCAGCGUAACCGGCGACGGAGGGACAAAAGGUACAGCCCAGCCAACCGCACCCCCUAAAAAGCCAAGGCGUCGCGGCAACCCGCUCCUGCAGGCGGCCAAACAACGCCGGCGCGAGACCGAGUAUCAGAAUUAUCACCACCCCCCAGCGUCAGAAGAUAUCUGGAUUUGCGAGUUCUGUGAGUAUGAGCGGAUUUUUGGCUCCCCUCCGGAGGCAUUGAUCCGACAAUACGAGAUCAAGGAUCGCCGGCGGCGUCGAGAUGAAGCCGAGAGGCGUAGGCUGUUUGAAAAGGCCAAGAUGAAGUCGCGCAAGGGAAAGAAAGCCAGCAAGCUUCCCGCCAAGAACAAUGCCACCACUCCGGACCGUCACACCGCGCCCUCGGUUGGACAGCAGGCCUCACCGCACCCACCUGUCCCUCCACCGGUCCUGAACGAUCACGACGACGAUAAUACUCUCCAUCACCACCAGAUUUGCAACGAAGGCGGCGAGACACGGAGCGACGGCGGGUCCGAUUCGGAGGACCAGUACGAUGACCGCAGCGCAGAGGGUGAACUGCCUGAUCCGGUGCCCGUCUCUAGGAGGCUCCCCUCCGUGGUUAAAGAGCUCUAUGUUGGCACGUGA